AUGAUGCCAUCUCUUUUUUUGCGAGUUGGCCAACUGCCAAGGCUGGCGAAUCAGAAAGCCGACCUCAGAGCCAUCGAGCAGUUGGCGGCUGAGGAAUUACAAAAAUCCAUUUCCGGAACUUCCGGAGAGGAAGUACAGCUCACAGUUGACUCGCUUGGAAUGAUGCGACGUCUCACAAAAGCCCAUGUGAAGGAAAUGCAGUGGGUGCAGAACCAGCAAGCCUUCUGGAUGCUGAUCAGCAUGCUGGGGCACUUUCAACUCUUCGAGGGCGCGCAUGGCGGCGAUGUGGCCCAACGCAUCCAGAACAGCUUCGUCCACAACAAGGACAUGGUGGCCUUCAUGAUGUUGCUGGGUGUGACCGACAGCCGCGAGCCGCUGUCGAAGCUGGGAGCCAGAGACCUCCUAGUGUUUUGCGUGGCGCUGUCGAUGACAGCACUAGGACCGUGGGUACUGUCCCCUGCUUACUGGCCCUUGCAUCAAGUCUUCUUCUCCUUCAACUCUUUAUCUUUGCCGCCGUACAAUCUGCCGCGGCUGCGGGUGAGGCAUGACUGGUUCCUCUACCACUACUUUUUCGCACGCCUUUGCCUGGUUGGCUUCACAAAAGUGUCAGCGAAAUACCGGUUGAAUUGCUUUGCUGGUGCUUGGCAGGCUGUGCUUGUGCUGUGCAUGGCAUGCUUGGUUCCAGAUGAUGUCCUGUGGCUUUGGGUCCCUUUGCCAUACCGGAGGUCGCUGUGGAUCCGCAGUAUAGCUAUUAUGAUGAAAGGUGUGAGGAUGAGCUGCUUCUUUCUCACUGGCUGCUACCUUCUUGCCUUCCACACCACGAAAGCAAUGAGAUGUAACGAAAGCGACAGCAGCUGUCAGGCGAGCUCGUUAUUUUCUCGCCUCCGCCUCCUGCGCGAUGCCGUGGCACGUUCCACGACACUCUCUGUGGCGGUCGGUGCUGGAGCUUUCACCGUGUUUCUGGUGAUUUCAGUGUUAACCUCCCCGGUGCCACUUGGAGAUUUUGGCUACCAGCAUGGCUGGAAGGCCAUCUAUGUUGAAGGCGAAAAUGUCUACACAGCCAGCCACUCAGUGUCCUGGCACUACAUGACUCAUCCAUCAUUGUUCUUGUACAUUGUGCUGUGGUUUGGAGAGAUGCUGCUGCUGGUCGUGCCCUUCUUAGCUGUUGCCUUAAUGAUGGCCUGCUGCCCCUGGCACUUCAAAAGGAUGGGAUCGACUUGUUUUGGGACUUAUGUGCUACAUCCAUACCACAUGAUAGCGCCCUGGACUGCAUGGUUUCAGAGACCUAUACUUUCCCGCAUCACCUUUGACAGCUUCGGCUCCGGUAAUGUGCUUAUUGUCCUUCUUUGGAACGUGUUUUUCUGCAUUCUGUUUGCGCAGACAGUUGGCGCUUGUUUCCACAACGUACUUAUAGCUGGCUUCCAGAAGCUCUUUCAACUAGGGAAGCGCAGAGGCAAUCCCCAAGGCAAUGAUGCUUGGGAUUUCGAUAUGGAACUUGAGACUUGCUUGGUGGAAGUGCCAACCUUCUUGCAGAUCUCUUCGAGUUUGUCGCCCCACGUCUCCCCCCAUGCCUCCGAUGCGGGGCAAAUCCUGGAUGUCCGACCGAGCAAAGCCUUCAAGGUUCUGUCUCAGAUUGCCUUGGUGCAAGUCAUUGCCGCCCUGGCCAUUGUUCUCGCCGGCUUUGCAAUCUCUGGCGUCCCUACAUCUUCCAGGGCCAAGCACUCUGGCGACGGCAUCUCUUGGCCAAUGAAGGUUGUUCUUGCGGGCACUUUGCUUGUGGAUUACACCUGCACUGACCAAUACCAGCCAAGCAUGCCAGCCAUGGCGCGCGAGUUUGGUGUAUCACAAACACUUAUGGGCUCCACGAUACAGCUGCAUGUAUUCAGCAGCUCUAUUAGCCUUCUGUUUGCAGGGCCCAUUUCAGACCGCAUUGGCCGACGGCCUGUAGUUCUGUUUCUUCAAGUGGUUUUGGCCAUCAGCACCUUCUCUUGUGGCUGCGCUGAUUCGUUCAAAUGGUUUGCAGCAGGACGUGCUCUUCAAGGUGUGGCAGCAUCUGUGGGGAGCGUCGUCCUUGCAGUCACCCAAGAUGCUUACGACGAUUCAGCUCAGAGGAUGCAAACGACCAGCAUGCUAGUAUCCAUCAUAGUGCUUGGUCCCCUUGUGGCUCCUACAGUUGGUGGUUUGCUGGCGGCUGCUUUUGGCUGGAGGUUUCCAUUCUUUGCCUUGUCAUUUCUCGCUGUGGUGGCUUUCCUGACGAGCUUGAUGGUCGUUGAAGAGACAGCAGGCCCAGCGCAGGAAACAGCUUAUUUGGCCUCUGCCAUUCGAACAUUAUCCGACGCGCGCAGGCUACGAAUUCUGGCAUGCUGCGCUGUUGGGAAAAGUGUGUUUGACAUUAUGACGGCCAGUAACGGCUUCAUUUUGGAGGAUUCGUACCAGCUGCCGCUUGCGCGCACAGCAGUGAUUCAAUCCGCCAUGGCUUCGUCAGGUUUGGUGGGCAGUACGUUGGCCAGCCAUUUACCUUGGAAACCACUUGAUGUCAUGUCAUUUUUCUCGCCCAUCUUGGCAUUUUCAGCAGCAUGCAUGGCACUAGUAGGGCUGCUGUUUGACCAGUACCUGGUCCUCUACAUGUUCAUCAUAUGCGCCAAUGAGGUGUUGAUUUACCCGCCUUUGAUGUCGAUGACAGUUGAAUUUGGGCAGGAUCUAAGAGACAUAGCUGGCUUGGCGUCAAGUGUGCUAACAUCAGGCAUGAAUUUGUUCAGCUUGGGGUUAUCACUUCCGGCCGUUGCAAUUGCCACCUAUGGCCCUGCUGCGCUGCUUUAUGUGAUGGCCGCCAUCAUUUUGACCAUGCCCUUCAUCAUGGUAUUUGGCAUCCUCCCCCCUAGCGGCCCUAGCGACCUGAAGGAAGAAGAGUUCGUGCAUGGGAAUGAAGAGCAAGCAAAUGAGGAACUUGGCGAGGAGAAGGAGAAGAAGACGUGCGGGUGA